GUUUGUUGUUUCUUCCCCUCCACAAUCCCGAACUAUAGCCCCACGAAUAGAGAAUGCCUCCAAACUCAACGGCUUGCCCGCGUGGGUCCAAUAAUUCUGAAGCCAUAUGGAGAGACCCCAAGAUCGUCGCGGACUACCGCUCCGCGGAGAAGGUGACGGUAGUCUUUGCGAAGUCCCUUGUUGAACAAUCCGGCAUCCUUUCUACUGCCAAAGAGCAGACACCCUUGGUGGUUCUUGACAAUGCUUGUGGCACAGGAGCGGUUUCCAUGGUUCUUCAUGACAUGCUUAAUGACUUGACCGGGUGGAAAUUGAUCUGCGCCGACUUCUCCGAGGCUAUGAUUGAUGCUGUCAAGGACACAGUCAAACAUGAAGGAUGGAAAAAUACAGACACUGCGAUCGCAGACUUGCAGGAAACAGGCUUUUCAGCCGCUCACUAUACUCAUGUCUUUGCAUCGUUUGCAAUAAUGGCGCUUCCGAAUUCCCAGGCCGGCCUUGACGAAUGUCUCCGUAUUCUCAAGCCCGGUGGAACGGUCGCAUUUACCACUUGGAAAAAAUCCGGAUGGAGCGACGAUGUCAACGCCGCCAUUGCUACCAUGCCUGGUAAUCUUGCCCAACCCACUCCAGAAGAAUUCUUGAUGUCGCUUGGAAGCGGUGACGAAUGGCAUGAUCCAUCCUGGGUCAAGGCCCAGCUAUGGAAGCGGGGCCUCGAGAACAUACAGGUCAACCUCGUCUCUAAGACAAUUGCCACAAGCACUGUGCCAGAGACGAUACCCGCUCUUGCUCCUAUUAUGGCUCAUAUUCCAGCAAAAUUCUGGAACGAAAAGCAAAGAGAGAAGAGCGCUGGUAGCUUGGCAUCCACGGUUUCGAGUUAUUUGGAGACAAAGUAUGGCACCGACAAACCCAUACCAAUGCAUUGGAUUGCGGUGGUAGCAACGGCACAGAAGCCCAAACCUUUAGUUUAG